AUGAAUGGGGCCGUUUUUCUGCUGAAUACUUCUUCUCAUGCACUCAGCGUUGCCACUGCAUCGGCUGCUGCUAUCCAAGAACGUGCCAGUAAUCUUUUCAUCAUUAACGACUUUAAAAGCUGCAUGUAUCAGCAACACAUCUUGCUCUUACUCAUUCGAGUAUGCUAUGACACAGGAACUGUUGGCGGCUCCACACCCUGGUCAAGCGCUCUCUCAACCACCGGCGGCAUGUUUCCCGACAUCGCCACAAGCGGCACUAGAUGCGGCGGUAUAAUCGAUUGGUAUACGCGCAUUUCUGAGAGUCUUGAGGUUUACGAUUCCCUCUAG